AUGGAUAAGUUUGCUCAUCUAGCAUGUGAUCAUAUGGGUUCUACAGAAAAUUGGAAAGCUGCAAUUGGCCCAAAGACCGAGGAAAAGUUGUUGGAAAACAUUAUAAAGAGUGGGUCAUUGCCUGUAUAUCCCUAUGUUGGUGGUGUGUUUAAGGUAUUCAAUAUGAAAGUAUAUGUAGACAUGAAUUUGAGAGAGCAUACAUGUACUUGUAAGGCUUGGCAAAUGGCCGGAAUACCUUGUGAGCAUGCAUGUGCAGCAAUACGCCAGAUGAAACAAGAUGUUUAUGAAUAUGUUGACUCAUAUUUCAAGCUUCCAAUGCAAGAGUUGAUAUAUUCUGGACACUUCAAUUCAAUUCCAAAUCACAAUAUGCCUAUAGUUGAUACUGAUGGAUGUGUUCGUGAUGCUCAAGGUCGCUUAUAUCCUUCACUUAAACCUCCAUGCUCAAAACGACCACUUGGAAGGCCUCGACAUCGUCGAAUAGAGUCUCAAUUUAGUUCAAAAAGGCUUAUCUUCUGUUCAUGA